GGAAUUUCCAAUCAAAUCCUUCCAGUUGUGUUUUGGUUUUUCUGGAUUUUUUUCUUUACUUUUUGACGAAAUUCUUUAAUUUUCCUCAUUCUACGGAAUCCCAGACAUGCUGGGAAAGGACAUUUUCACAAAACACCUGCCCAACAUCAAUCUCGCAACGAGAUUUGAUGCUGAUGGCCGAGAAAUUCAGGUGGAACGGAGGGAAGAUGAGGAGCAAAAUCUGAAGCAGCAGGAGAUUUUUGACAUUCUCGUGGCAGCUGGAUACUUCCGGGCGAGGAUUAAGGGUCUGUCGGCAUUCGAUAAGAUCGUCGGUGGGAUGGUUUGGUGCAUGGAAGCUUGUGAUUUUGACGUGGACGUUGAUCUUCUCUUCAGUGAGAAUCUCACCAUUGGCCAGAAGAUCGCCCUGACUGAGAAAAUCGUUGCUGUGCUGCCGAAAAUGUCUUGCCCGCACCUGAUUGAACCCCAUCAAAUUCAGGGCUUGGACUUCAUCAACAUUUUCCCCGUCAUUCAGUGGCUGGUCAAGAGAUCCGUUGAGAAUCGCGCAGAACGUGCAGAGAGGCUAAAAUGCUUCGCAGUUGGGCAAUUUCACAAUCACUUCAAGCUCCAGGUGGAUCAGAAUGUUCGGGAGAAGAAUACAAAAGUGCUGGAAAACAUCGAGAAGAUUCAGAAUCUCUACGCUCCACGGCGGGAAUUCAAGAAAAAAGCCCCAGCAGGAAGCUCUGAGGACGAGUUGACAAAAGUCCGGAUUACUCUACUCGAAUUCGGGGACAAGGGACGCCUCCUGGCCCCAAAUCGCCAAAGAAGCUUCAAUGUUGAAGAGUUGGAGGAGAAAACGUCCGAAGUUGAUGAGAGUGAUGUUGAGCAUUUAUUUUCUCAUUUAUCUGUACAAGAUAGUCAGGAAAACUACUUGGAAUUCCAGCAGCUCAGUGAAGAAGAUCGGGAGAAGAUAAAGCAAAAUUACGAAGAGUUAAAGGAAGAAUUCUCAAUCGAUAGCCAAGAACUAUCCCAGCAGAAUCAAAUAAAAGCCCUCCUGGUCACAAAACAGAGCUUAGAGAGGAAACUGGCAAAGAUCGAGGGUAGCAAUAGAGAGCUGAAGGAAGUUCUGCAGCAGCUGAAGGAAAAGGAAGCCGCCUUGAAGCAGGAAGAGGUGGAAACGGAAGCAGAGAUUGAGGAUUUAAUUCGACGCGAAGAGGAGAAUGAUUCCGGUGUCCUGGAGACUGUUAAGCAGCUGGUGAUGCAGAAUGAUGCCCUGAAGCAGGAAGAGAUUGAAUUCAAAGAAAAAUGCCGAAAGGAAUUGGUUGAGUUGCAACAGAAGAUUUCUGAUGCUGAAAAUAAAUCUCCGGAAGAGGAAGCAGCCAUCCGGAAUGAAUUGGAAGCGGAGAAGCAACGCCUACAGGUACUCAGGUUGCAGUUGGCGAAGCAAAAUCGCGCCAUUGUGACUGUUCAGAGGGAAUUGGAUGCUAUUCCGGACAGAACAGAACUGGCGCAGUAUCAGAGACGCUUCCUGGAGCUCUACAAUCAAGUUAGUGCCACGCACAGGGAGACAAAGCAUUUCUACACGCUCUACAACACUCUGGGGGACACAAAGAUGUACCUGACCAAGGAAUUAGAGCUCCUCAAUUCAAUUUAUGAGUCUUACGCUGCCACGCAGAAUUCCACAUCAUCCAGAGCGCAAUUCCUGAAGCAAUUUGAAUCAAUGGCUGAGGGGAUUCACCAGAUGAAGCUCAAGAUAAAGAAUAAAUGCGACGACGAGAAGGCACGACGAGAUGGCCUCAAUGAGCAGCUCCUCAUCCAGAUUGAUCAGCAAAGGAAGCUGGCCACAGCAGUGAAGCAACUGCAGCUGGAGUGCAAGAGAAAUGAUGAGCUUCAGGAGAAAUUAAAAAGUUUAACGUAAAACGAUACAA